CCCCGCCAGCUGUUUCCUCCCUCCUAGGCCGUCCCCGCCCCCUUGCUCCUCCCACUUUCCUCCUCUCCGCCCCAACCCUUAAAGGAAUCGUCUCAGGCCGAGGGGGAGAGGGGGCGGGUUAGGAGUGAUCCCCCACCUCUCCGCAGACCUUACGUGUCCUCCGGGAGCUGAGUGGAGCGGAGCGUAGGUUGUGGCUAAGGAGUUGGCUAAGAAAGGAAGAGGAGGUUAUGUAUCUCCUCUCCUAGGAAAGACCGAGGAAGAGGCCUCAGAAAAUAACAGACCCUAUAAUGGAAGACAUGGAGCCACAGGAAAACAAGGAUGCCCCUCCCUCCAAGAAGCAUCGAAAAGGGGCUCAGGAUGGGGGACUCCUUCUACCUGUUGAGCUGAGUCAAGCCCAGCUGUACAAGGAACCUACAAAUGAAGAGCUGAGCCAGAUGAAAGAGACAGAAAACCUUUUCCACUCCAACCUCCUCCGAAUGCAGAUGGAGGAGCUAUUAAAGGAGGUAAGGCUGAAAGAGAAGAAGCAACAUCGGAUUGAUACCUUCUUACAUGAGAUUAAACAACGAAUUCUUAGUGUCCCUUCGACCAAAAUGACUGACAUGACAGACCAGUCAUGGCUGCCUAAAGGUGUAAGAGUCCCCUUCAUCCAGAAACCUUUUGCUGUGAAAGGUCGCUUCCACUUCUUACCUCCCACUCAGGUCACUGUAGUGGGCAGCUACUUGCUAGGAACAUGUGUUCGACCAGACGUCAAUGUGGAUGUGGUGUUGACUAUGCCAAAGGAGAUCCUACAGGACAAAGAUGGGUUAAACCAACGUUACCUAAGGAAGCGUGCCUUAUAUAUAGCUUAUCUGGGCUACCACUUGUCCCGGGAUCCACUUUUCGGUAGUGUCUGUUUCUCUUACAUAAAUGGUUGUCACCUGAAACCCCUGCUGCUGCUCUGUCCUGCAGGAAAAGAUGAGCACCUGGUCACUGUGCGCUUAUACCCCUGUCCACCACCUGAGUUCUUCCGCUUAUGCCGCCUGCUGCCUUCCAAGAACAAUGUCCGCACCACCUGGUUUUGGGACAAGUCUAUCCCAGAGGAGGGUGUCAUGGAUCCUCCCACCCCUCACUACAACACCUUGCUUCUCUUUGAUGAAGUUUUGGAAUCUCACCUUCACCUUUUGUCAGCCAUACUUACCUCUUCCCCUGGCCUUCGGGAUGGCAUUAUUUUGCUCAAAGUCUGGCUUCGGCAGCGGGAUCUGGACAAGGGCACUGGAGGCUUCAGUGGCUUUAUCAUUUCCAUGCUGGUAGCCUUCUUGGUCUCUACUCGAAAAAUCAACAAGUCUAUGAGUGGUUAUCAAGUGCUGAGGAAUGUUCUGCAGUUCCUAGCUGCCACAGAUCUGACAGUCAAUGGCAUCAGCUUAUGUCGAAGUUCUGAUCCAUCUCUGCCAGCGGUGGCUGACUUUCAUCAGGCCUUCUCCGUGGUCUUCCUGGAUGCUUCUGGCCACCUUAAUCUCUGUGCUGAUGUCACAGUUCCCACAUAUCAGCAGGUACAACAUGAAGCCCAGUUGUCUAUGGCUAUGCUGGAUGACAAGACUGCAGAUGGAUUUCAGAUGCUGCUUAUGACACCCAAAUCUAUGAUUCGAACCUUCGACCAUGUUCUCCAUAUAUAUCCCCUGAGCUGUCUGUAUCCUGCCUGCCAAAGGCUGAAGCUGUGGACAGAAUUGCAGGACCAUGGAGGGGAUUAUGUAGCUGCCAUACUUCCUACCUUGACAGCACUCCUGGAACAGGGCCUGGGCUCCCGUUUGACUUUGUUGGCCCAUUCAAGGACCCCGGUGCCCCAGUGGAAGAUCAACCAGAACCCUCCAAAGCACAAGGACCAGGGGGCCCUGUCAUUGGGAUUGCUCCUCCGGCCAGAGGGACUAGUCAGUAUUCUGGAGAUGGGACCUGAAGCUGAUCAUCCAGAGGCUGCUGACUUCCGCCAGUUUUGGGGCUCACGAUCAGAGCUGCGACGUUUCCAGGAUGGGUCAAUUCGGGAGGCUGUUCUUUGGAAUGCUGAAUCCAUGGCUGAGAAGCGUCUCCUGCCCCACCAGGUGAUCACUCACCUCCUAAAACUCCAUGCAGGUAUCCCCGAGUCCUGCAUCCAUUACAUGGGGGGCUGCCUAGACCCACUGAUCAGAGCCCCCAAAGAGGCUCACAGCACAGGCGAGGAGGCGCUGGCCAUGGUGGUGCGGUCCUACGACCACCUGAGCCGCCAGCUGUGGAGUCUCAAAGGGCUGCCCCUGACCGUCUCUUCUGUCCAGGGGGCUCACGCUGCCCUGCGGUACACUGCGGUGUUCUCCCCUGUUCCUGUCCAUCCUGAUUUCGCCUUCCAUGACCUCCUGGACAAACGGAAGGCGCUGCUGCCUCGGCCCAGCAAGCCCUGCCCGGCCUUUGUGGAUCCCAUAAAUGUGGUAUGUCACCUGGAGGGCAGUGGACAGUGGCCCCAGGAGGCCGACGCCAUACAGCGCGUCAGAGCUGCCUUCCAGUUACGCCUGGCGGAGGUGUUGAGUCAGGAGCACGGACUGCUGUGUUCAGCCAAGGCCUCCCACACUGACGUCUACAAGGAUGGCUACGUUUUCCGAAUUCGGGUGGCGUACCACCGGGAGCCCCAAAUCCUGAAGGAGUCUUGUACCCCCGGAGGAAUGAUAACGCUGAGGGAAACGCCCGCCUCACUCCUUCUUGAUCGGGACACCCGGCAACUGCCUCAGCUCACCAGUGCCCUGCAUGGGCUCCAGCAGCAACACUCUGCUUUCUCUGGUGUGGCUCGUCUGGCCAAGCGCUGGGUCCGGGCCCAGCUCCUCAGUGAUGGACUGACAGACGAAUGCUUGGACCUACUGGCUGCCUCCCUCUUCCUGCAUCCUUUCCCCUUUACCCCACCCAGUUCCCCUCAGGUUGGCUUUCUCCGGUUCCUGUCUUUGUUGUCCACGUUUGACUGGAAAAAUAGCCCCCUUAUUGUCAACCUAAAUGGUGAACUCACAGCUGAGGACCAAGCUGAGAUUCACAGCCGGUUCCUAGAAUCUCGGAUCCGCCUUCCUGUCAUGGUCAUCGCCACACCCCAAGACAGAAGUCAGUCCCUGUGGACGAAGGACCAACCCUCAGCCCAGAUCCUGCAUCACCUUGUGAGCUUGGCUGCCAAAGCCCUGCCGAUCCUAGAGAAACAGUUGAUGGAUCCUUCUGAGUCUGGAGAUACCAGGAUGGUGUUCCGGCCAGCCCUAGAUAUCUAUGAUGUAUUAAUCCGUCUGAACGCCCGGCACAUCCCCCGGCACAGAGAGGCUGUGGACCUACCAGCAACUUCCUUCAGUAGAGGCCUCCUUGCAAGCUCUGACGCCUCACCCCGGCUGCCUGUCCUCUGCUACGACCCACCAAGUCUCUACCUUGCUCAGCUCAGAAAGGCCUUUGGAGACUUGGCACUGUUUUUUUAUGACCAGCACGGUGGGGAAGUGAUCGGUGUCUUGUGGAGGCCCGACGGCUUCAAGCCUCAGCCCUUCAAGGCUGCCGGUGUGCAAGGGCGGAUGGUGGUGUCACAGAACGGGGAUCUGGUGACGGUGCCCAACGUGGAGGCCAUUUUGGAGGACUUCGCCAUCCUGGGCAAAGGGCUGGUACAAACCGUGGAGCCCCGGAGUGAGAAGUGGGUUGUGUGACCUCGAUCUCCAGUGGACUGCCACAGAGGGAAGGUGGAGGAAGACCAUGACACCAGCCCUGGUGUGCUCGCUCUGUUUGGCCUCCUGAAGUUCAGCGCUGGCUGCUCAGAUUCUGAGGAAGGACCAAGGAUCUCGAACAGGGACCUUUUUUGUUUCUAUUUUCUUAGCUAUUUCAAUGUAAUGGGUUUCCUUUGAAAUUCUUGGCAUUCUGUCCUGUGCAUUUAAAAACUUUCUGGAAAAGGAACCCAUGAGAAGGCUUCCCCAAACUGUCCAAGGGCUCCAUGACACCAAAGAGCUUACAGGCUCGUGACUUCAGGAAGAGAUCCCGACCUCAGUUCCAGCUGGGACAAUGGACCCUAGGAGAAACCAUGUCCUGGAGUCAGAGGACCUGGGUUCAAAUUCUGCCUCUGCCUACCUACGCGACCUUGGGCAAGUGGCAUAACCUCCCUGAGCCUUGGUUUCCCUGACUAUAAACUGAGAGAUGUUGGAUUCCCGUCCACCCAGGUCUCUUCCAGCACUGACUUUCACCCUGGUUCUUGUCUCCCCCAGCAUUCUCACCCAGGUCUCUUCCAGCACUGACUUUCACCCUGGUUCUUGUCUCCCCCAGCAUUCUCUUUCAGGCAGGGAGACCCCCUCCUCAAGUCAUUCCCACUGAGGAGCCUGGCUUGGGAGGCCCCGCGUCCUCUCACUUUGAAUAUGAUUCGUGAUCCGUGACUUCCGUUCCUCCUUCCUUGUCUCACAGACCCCGUCCCCUUGCCGCCUCUCUCCUGGAUGUCGGAGCCCUCUUUGGUUCUGGCAUCACGGGGCGCCUUUCUGGAACUUCCCCAGGCCUUGUCUGUCUUCGUAGGCCGGGGAAGCAGGCCUGUCCUCGGCCCUGCUGGUUCUGCACCUUGGGCUGUGCAUGCCGGCUGCUUCCUGUGACUCCAAGAUAGCCUGACAUCCUGGAAUCCACUUGGAAGCUCCGGCGCCGUUGUGGCUUGAGGAGUGAGAUGGGCAGCCCCUCCCCCGGGGGGCAGGGAGCCUUGUGGCUAGUUCUGUCAUUGCCUCCCUGGCUCCGGGGCCGGACCUCGAAACAGACCAAAAAAAGGAAACCGAGUGGCAGUCGGGCCCGCCCACAUCCCCCUCCCAAGCCUCCUUACCCUUGACUGGGCCGCCUUGGCCACAAUUGGGUGGCUUUCGCGUUUGUUUUCUUUCUUUUCCGUUUCCAUUGGUGUCUCCUCGGUGGCUUACUCAUUUCCCCCAUCGGUUGGCACCUACACGCAGCUUUAAGUCCUUGGCUGUUGUACACAAUGCUCUUAUUCCCA